AUGGGCGGCAGGUCAUUCCUCGCGGGCUUGUUUGUGUGGGUCCCAACGAUCAUCUUCUUUCUUUGUGUGUUCUGGGGGCACCUCGUGUACUGCCCGGCGCAUGACAUGUGGGUGGACAAGCUCUGCAUCCACCAAACGCGGGCCAAGCUGAAAGAGAGCGGUGUCAAUGCGCUCCCUGAAAUCGUGGCCACCUCUGACAAGAUGAUUAUGCUGUGGGAUCCCGAAUACUUCGACAGACUUUGGUGCUGUGCCGAAGUUGCCAUCUUCUGUUCAAGCAAGGGCGGCCCCACCGAAGUGGAAUUCGUACCGUUGUGGGUAGCCCCGUGGGUUCUUUCUACAAUCCUGACCCAGUUGCUAUGCAUUUCUAUCUCAGAGCGGCUGUUCAGUUUGCCUCUUGGCAGGGAGUCAAACUGGAUGCGGUCGGCAAGCAACUUUCUCAGGGUUGCAGGCAACAGGGUGUUGCUGGAAGAAUGCGCUGUUCUUAUCUGA